GUUUGGAUAUAAAGAAUAAUUUUUUUUAUGCAUCAUUGCACACAAAACCUGUUAUAUCUGAAAAUACUGAAGUGCAAGUGCAGCAUAACAAAGGACAAAACAAUAAAGAACAAGGGUCUCUAUUAUCAUUACAACAUAAAUUACCAUUACAUGAUAUUACUAAUUCAACAAGUAUUGAUACCAGUACUACCGAUAUUAUAACAGACCA